AUGGAGUUGACCAAAUUUAAAAGGCUGAUCCGGAAAUUCAGGUCCCUUACCCUUCGGUCAUCAUAUCACCCGCGACCAGAAGAUGAGCCCACUAAAAAGGGACCGGCUGAAAGCUGUCAGUAUAGUGGCUUUUCAACUCUACCAGCAGAACUGCUUGAAAAUAUUGUUUCGUUUCUGGAACCUGAGGAUCUGCUUUCCCUUCGGCUUACGUGCAAUACCUGCUAUGAGCAGACACAGCUCUACUUUGCUGCACUCCUUACCGAAAUGAAGCUGGGUUUUUCGGAAAAAAGCCUGAGUAAGCUCGAGGCUAUAUCUCAAGACUCACGAUUCAAUCGUCGUAUCCAGUCACUUCGGAUGUCACCUGAUCGUAGUUCAGGGGUUCUGGGCGGUGGCAUCUCAUGGGAACGAGACCUCGAAGGCUAUCUUGCGAUCCCUCAGCCUGCAGUUCAAAGGAUACGCGAUAUUUUAUUAUCUCUCGUAAGCCUUCAGUCACUUGAACUCACCAAUUACACCGAGCAAUACUCGACCGAAGACCGAAUAGAACCCUGUGAAGCCAUUAGAAUUCUCACCUAUAUCAUUGCCGAGACUGGUCUACCACUUAAUUCCCUUGCCAUUGUCUACAGGUCGAGCCCUGUGAUGGAUGACAGCUAUAUGGGCAUUGAGGAUCUUGAGAAACCAGGGUUCCUUUCCUCGAUGUCCCAUAUUCAAAGCCUCUCGCUCGAAUGCGAUAAACAAGCUGUCAAUCUGGACUGGUUAGGUGAAAUAAUCCAAGCUGCCACCAGUUUAAAGAGUUUGAAGUUCGUGUCAUAUUCAGGAUCAGAACAAGGUCUUGAUAAUCGGGUUUGGGAUUCUAUUGAUCGAUGUGCUCCUCUGGAAAAAAUUAUCCUGCAGAAUGCAGGUUGGCCGGCACCGGAACCUUGCAUUCAAUUUCUUCGACAAUAUCGUUCAACCUUGCGGACUCUUUGUCUUCAGUCUAGUUAUUUGGAGACACCUGGAUGGUCGGCGGUCCUUGCGGAGCUCAGGGAUAAUUUCCCCGUCCUGACCAAUUUCAAAGUCUUCCUGCUAAGGCAGCCUCCUGGUGACUACAGGUAUAGUGUUGAUUUUUAUAACAUCCCCGAGGUACCUGGCAGUGCAUGUGUGGAGUUAACUUCAUUUACCGAUAUUAUCGUGGACCAGCCGGCCCCCAGAAAAUAUGGAACUGAGCUUUUAUACUGUUAUAAGCGCCCCCGUCAUGGCCCCAUAGUGGUGGGUGUGAAAUACAGCGGACCCGAUAUGAAAUUGGUUUUGCAAGAGAUGAUAAAUUAUGUCAGGGUUACUCCACUUUUUACACCCAGGGUCACACGCCCAUAA